CAGAGUUUGUGUUUGAUGAUCUUCAUUGCUGAGUCAGAGAGCACUGGCUGUAAAAUGAGUCUCUAUGAAAGAAAGAAAGAGGGGGUUUCUGUUCCCAUGUGUAAAGCAGCAUCUCCAGAACCCAGCUGUGUGUCUAUGAAGAGUGAUGCAUCUUUACCUGUUCCCCCUAAUCUCAGUGAUGGAGAUGUGACUUCUGACUCUGACACUAUGAAUCAAUAUGAGAAAAGAAAGAAGGAAUCUCCCAUGUAUAAAGCAGCAUCUCCAGAACCAAGCUGUGUGUCUAUGAAGAGUGAUGCAUCUUUACCUGUUCCCCCUAAUCUCAGCGAUGGAGCUCAGUCUUCUGACUCUGACACUAUGAAUCAAUAUGAGAAAAGAAAGAAGGAAUCUCCCAUGUGUAAAGCAGCAUCUCCAGAACCCAGCUGUGUGUCUAUGAAGAGUGAUGCAUCUUUACCUGUUCCCCCUAAUCUCAGCGAUGGAGCUCUGUCCUCUGACUCUGAAGUAAGAAAAGACAAUGUGUUCAGAACUGGGGUGCCACACUUGACUUACCAGGAGACUUUUAUCAAGCAGCACAAAACAGAGACCCAGCAGAGAGUCAUAAACCAACACAAGACCAGCAUGAAGAUCAGGUAUGAGAGGUUAUUUGAGGGAAUCAAGCUAGAUGGGAAUCAAACCCUCCUGAACAGCAUCUACACACAGCUCUACAUUAUAGAGGGAGAGAGUGAAGGAGUGAAUGAAGAACAUGAGAUUUUACUGAUGGAGACAAUAGAGAAAAUGGCCAGAAUGAAAGGGAUUCUAAUCAAGACACAAUACACUUCAAUCAAGACACAAGACACUCCGAUUCACUGCAAUGCCAUCUUUAAACCUUUACAUAAACCAACGAAUGAGAAGGUUGUAAAAAAGGGGAAAGACCAAAUGAAGACUGUUCUCACUAAAGGCAUCGCUGGAAUUGGAAAAACCGUCUCUGUGCAGAAGUUCAUUCUAGACUGGAGUGAAGGAAAAGCCAGUCAGGAUGUAGAUUUCAUGUUUGUGCUUCCAUUUCGAGAGCUGAACUUGAUUAAAGAUCAUCAGUACAGUCUUCACAGACUUCUGCUGGACUUUCAUCCUGAACUUCAAGAUCUGGACUCAGACAUGUAUGAGGAGUGUAAAGUCGUGUUCGUCUUUGAUGGUCUGGAUGAAAGCAGAAUCACACUGAAGUUUUCAGACACUGAGAGAGUUAGUGAUGUGAAUGAGUCUUCAUCAGUGGCUGUGUUGAUGUCAAACCUCAUCAGAGGAGAUCUGCUUCCCUCUGCUCUCAUCUGGAUCACCUCCAGACCAGCAGCAGCCAGUCAGAUCCCCUCAAAAUACAUCAACCGUCUGACAGAAAUUCAGGGAUUCAAUGACCUUCAGAAGGAGGAAUAUUUCAGGAAGAGAAUCAGUGAUGUGGGUCAAGCCAGAAGAAUCAUCUCCCACAUCAGAAGAUCCAGAAGCCUCCACAUCAUGUGUCACAUACCCGUCUUCUGCUGGAUCUCAGCCACUGUGCUUCAGAAGCUCCUGAAUGAAGAUGACAGAGCAGAAAUCCCUCAAACUCUGACUGAAAUGUACAUCCACUUCCUGCUGACUCAGAUCAACAUGAGGAACCAGAAGUAUGAAGAGAGAGAUCCUGAGAAACUCCUGAAGUCCAGCAGAGACAUGAUUGUGAAACUUGCUGAACUGGCUUUUAAACAGCUUAUGAAGGGCAAUGUGAUGUUCUAUGAAGAGGACCUGAUUGAGAGCGGCAUAGACAUCACAGACGCCUCAGUGUAUUCUGGCAUUUGCACUGAGAUCUUUAAGGAGGAAUCUGUGAUUCAUCAGAGGAAAGUCUACAGCUUCAUUCAUCUGAGCUUUCAAGAAUUUCUAGCUGCUUUAUUUCUGUUUUACUCUUAUGCAGUCAAGAAAAGAACGUCACUGAAGUUGUUUCUGUGUAAUGUAUAUGACUUGAAGAGUCAUGAAAUCUCUUUAUAUGAUCUACUAAAAUCAGCCGUUAAAAAGUCCUUAAAAAGUAGAAAUGGGCAUCUGGACCUUUUCUUGCGGUUUUUGCUAGGCGUCUUUCUGGAGUCCAAUCAGAGACUCUUAAAAGAUCUAUUGACAUACACAGAGAAGAGUUCAGAGAGCAUCAAGACAAUCACACAGUACAUUAAAGAUAAACUCAAAAGUGAUAAAAAUCGUUCAGCUGACAGAUGCAUCAAUCUGUUCCUCUGUCUGCUGGAAAUGAAGGAUCAGACUCUGUACAGAGAGAUUCAGGAGUUUGUGAAAUCACAAACUCACUCAAUGGAGAAUCUCUCUCUGUCUCACUGUUCUGCUAUCUCCUACAUGCUCCAGAUAUCAGAGGAGGUGCUGGAUGAGUUUGAUCUGAAGAAAUACAACACAUCAGAUGACGGGAAAAGAAGACUGAUACCAGCUGCGGUGAACAGCAGAAAAGCUCUAUUUGCUGGUUGUAAUCUCACUACUCAGUUCUGUGAAAGUUUAUUUUCAUCUCUUCAAUUAUCAAACUCUCUAAGAGAGUUGGAUCUGAGUAACAAUGACCUGCAGGAUUCAGGAGUGAAGCUGCUCUCUGAUGCACUGAAGAGCUCCCCCUGUCAGCUGGAAAAGCUCAGAUUGACAACCUGUAAUCUCACUGGUCAGUGCUGUGAAAGCUUGUCUUCAUUUCUACAAUCAUCAAACUCAAUGAGAGAGCUGGACCUGAGUAAUAAUGACCUGCAGGAUUCAGGAGUGAAGCUGCUCUCUGAUGGACUGAAGAACUCACACUGUCAACUGGAGAUACUGAGAUUAUCUGGCUGUAUGGUAACAGAGGAAGGCUGUUGUUUUCUGGCUUCAGCUCUGAGAUUAAACCCCUCACACCUGAGAGAGCUGGAUCUGAGCUACAAUAACCCUGGAGAAUCAUUAGCUGAGCUGCUCGAUAGUUCAAACUACAGACUGGACACACUCAAUGUGGAUCAUGGAGCGGAGUUCAGGAUUACAACUGGACCACAGAAAUAUAUCUGUGAUCUCACACUGGAUGUAAACACAGCACAGGUUAAUCUCGCUCUGUCUGAGGGAAACAGAAAGGUGACACGUGUGGCGGAGAAGCAGUCAUAUCCAGAUCACCCAGAGAGAUUUGAUGAGUGGUGUCAAGUUCUGUCCAGAGAGAGUCUGACUGGACGCUGUUACUGGGAGGCUGAAUUUAGCGGGAGGGCUGAUGUAGCAGUGACUUAUAAAGGAAUCAGAAGGAAAGAACUGCAAACUGAAAGUUUGUUCGGUUUCAAUGAAAAGUCUUGGAAUCUAAAUUGUUUUGACAACAAGUUCAUGGUCAGACACAAUAGUACGAGUACAUAUAUAGAUAAAUAUCCAAAUUAUGACUCUAACCGAGUAGGAGUGUAUCUGGACCGGUCUGCCGGUACUCUGUCCUUCUACAGUGUCUCUGACACACUCACACUCUUACGCACAUUCAACACCACAUUCACUGAACCGCUCUAUGCUGCAUUUGGAGUUUUUCCUGAUGUUUCAGUGUCUCUUGUGCAACUCAAAAGCUUCAGAGUGUAACAACUAAGACACACAGGUUACUUACACCGAAUAAAACAUCAUCAUUACAUCUCUCUUUAACUUUUACAGCAGUAGACUUGGAAAACAACAUGGAUAAGAAUGGAAACAUGGUGCCAUUAUUAUAUUAAAUAGAUAGCUUUUAAACGCAAAUUAAACAUUUUUAAUUAUUAUUUUAACUUUAUGCGGCUGAAAUGUAAUCCUCAAAUUACAUUUUGUCAUGUUGCUGUAAAAGUUUUCACAUCCAUGUAAAAAUGGUUUGUUCCUUAUUUUGAUAU